CUCGCUCGACUAAUUCUCACUCAGUGCCCUAAAUCUAUCUCUUCCUUCCUCUCCUUCACACACAUACACACACAUACACACACACACACACACCUACUCCAUUCUCGCUUUCUCCUCGGAUCCCUUUCCAAAGGACGAGAUAUAGCCAUGUCCACUCACAGCUCACCCAGUCACAUCGACCCUCAUGCCCUCGACUCCCUCCUCCAAAGCACCCUCGAACUCCAUCAUCACCGAACCCAAUGGGAGAACACUAUUAACGAUACCACGUCUAGUAAUGCCUAUGCUAAUGAUAUUAAUCAACACAUCCGACCUCCCCUGGGACAUCCAGCAGCAGCAUCUUCUGAGUCUAAUCCACAUCCAGCAUUCAAACUCGGGCCCAGUGCCUUGCAAUUAGACAACCUUGAUCGGCUGCCUUCACGACCACAAAGAUCUCCCUGUUACUCCAUGCCAAGAACGCGCCAAUCCACCAUGGAACUGAAUCUCAGCAACAACCUCUGCGUCUCCUCCACAUCUUCCUCAUCGGCGUCUGGCAGUCUCCAUGGAACAGAAACACCUUUGACCUGCUCCACAAUAGCUUCGCCCACGCGAUCUAAUGCACCUGACUAUACCUCUUCUGCACCUCUUCGGUACGUCUCCGAUUCACCCCCGCCAUCAUCCUCCGCCCCGCUUCAUGGAUCGUCUCACUCUCGAUACUCCACACCCCCUCGCUCGAAUUCGACUUCGCCUACCAGCACAACCGCUCCAACCAGUCCACUCAAAAAGGCCUUUUCAUCACCCCGGAAUCACCAGUAUGACCCUUCCGUCGAAACGAACACCUUCUCUUCUUUUUACAGCCGUCCUGGUCUAGGCUCAAAGGACCAGCACGGACUGCAGCGGGAACAAUUUCAGAAUGAGCAAAUAAUUCUCGGUCAGUCGCACCGACCGCCGCGCACGGAGCCAACUUGGCCGCCCAGAAGUAGCUCACAACUCAGAAACAGUCCUUCACGCUCGCUUUCCUGCCUAAUCUCCCAGACUGAGACACACAGCUCAUCCCCAGGCUCACCUCGAUCGCCUACACAACUGAAUCGCCCGUAUAAACUCUACCAUCAAAUUAGUCAGCCCCUGUAUCCUUCGCGUAUUAUGCCCUCCCCGGCAAGAACUGCGAGCAGCGAUCUCAGCACUGCUUUCGAUACUCCUCAUGCUCCCAUGGAGCACAAUAAUUUGCUCAAAAACCGGCUCCUCGGGAGCAAGCAUCUUCCCAGUAGUCACUCAAAUGGACCAAUCGUACCGAAAAUAGACACCAACUCCGUGAUCACAAUCCAUGUACGUUACGUGCCCAAGGACCUCUGGGUCCAGGUCGACCUUCCUCGGGAUAUCCCCGUGCACAGGGCACGCGACCUGAUUCUGGCAAAGUGCAAAUUGACCUCGUUGCCGCCCCAGGCUCCAUCGUCCCCCACGACAAUGUCAGGGCCGGCUUUGGCUGAGUCCAGGAUGGGUAGCGAUAGUACCCUUGCGCUCAACAUAGACAAAGCGUCACUAAAUACGGAACGCGGCAGGCAUGGACCAUCGCCGCAGGAGUAUCUCACAGCCGGGAGCUCAGUAUCGGAUGGAAUGAGCACUCGGACACUGCACACGAACGGUAGCUCAACACCUCCGCGAAGCCGUCAGUCAAGUCUCUGCAGCUAUGAGGACGAGAGCCUGAACGACCAGGAUAGCAUUAACGAUGAGGAUGCAGAGCUCCAGGCGGAAGAACUGAUAGCGGACGACAUGUUUCCUCAGUCUCCGCCUUCGUGUACCUCUUUUAGGAAUACUGGGUUUUCGGACUCGUUGCUUCAGGGACUUCAAGGGGCCGGCACUAUUUCUCCGGGACUAAGGCAGGAGAGUUUGAAGAUUCAUUCGUCUAAAGCCCAGCACCUGUCGCACCUUCGCAGCAGUAGCAGUAGCAGCGCCUACAGCAGCAAGACCAGCGAGGAACACGCGGUGUUGAGCCAGCAGCAGUUACAACGGCUGAUUUCGUACUCUUUGCUACACAAGAAUGAUGGAAAUAUGUCUGGGAGCGACAGAGGUAGCAGGGACGGAUCCUCGACGAGUCGGUUCAGCGGAACUACUGUGUGGAGUCAGUACAGGAGCCGACAGAGCAGCACAAGUGCACGACAUAUGGCGCGCGAGGUCCUGGAUCAUGGCGGCGUGCUCGCAGACUGUUUGGGUGAAGAGGCUGCGCCCAAGACGGAGACAAGGAAGUCAGAGUGCUCGGCCUGGAAGGCCUGCUUUGGGCUUUUUUGGUUGGAAGCCGGCCACUGGCUGGACGACUCUAGGCUUACUAGUUCAUAUCAUUUGCAGCCCCACUGUCUCCUGGAGCUGCAACUGCGCAAUAACUACAUCCAACUGCCGCCUCCAGGUACCACUCUGAGUUAUUACGACCAUUAUGCAGAGGGUGUCCUGUACAAGAUGUCGAAAAAGAACCGGCCAGUGAGUAGGUUGACCAGCAACGGGAUGAAAGACUGCACAGGCAUCUGGAAGGAACGAUGGGUCGUUCUUCAGGGCACCAACCUGUUGAUAUACCACAAGUGCAAGGACACGGUAAAAAAAUCGAUCGAGCUACAUGCGCCCUUGACGGUGGACACCAUCGUCAUUCCACAGAACUCUCAGAACAGCUUCAGGUUAUCGUCCUCGAUCGUGCCCAUGUCAUCGACCAUGAUCACCUUGACCAUUUCCCCGGACCCGAAUGUGCCCAAAGUGUCCUUCCGGGCCACUAGUGAAAGUGAACUGAAUAACUGGGUCAGGAUCUUCAACUCUCUGAACUGCACGCAGUCGCAGGGUUUACCUCCACCAUUCGAUCCGGCAGCAUUGGUAUCACUUAUAGCCCCGCCGAUCUUCCUACCACCUCCACUGCCUCCACUUCCGUUGAUGCCCCCUCCAACAGAUGUGGACACCGCAGCCAUGUUGACCAAGAAGCGAAGUCGUCACAACUCCUAUACUUCAACGAACACGGGGGCCACAGGAAGGUUCGGUCUUUGGGGAGAGCGGAAGCGAAGUCAUACGGUCCAGGAUGUCGCGACUCUGCCAGCCAUUGACCCUGUUCUGAUAUGGAACGUGGCGGCGGCCCUGUCCAAUUUUCAUCAGAAUACGGAUGGGGACGGCGAUAAUAACGGUGUGUGGAGCAAUAGCAUGAGCCGCAGUGGAAGUAUUCGCCGCGAUGGGCAGGUCGUGCCUAAGAAGAGUCUGACGAGGAAAUUGAGUCAAGAGUGGGCAGUUGUGGACUCUGUCUUGGGUGACAGGGAUCUGCAUCAGCUGCAGCACAGUCCUUUAUCGAGACAAGCUUCUUUGACGAGGCAUAAUGGGUAUAACAAUCGUAUCCAGCAAGAGGAGCGCAGGAUGAGGUCGGCUACAGAACCGGGACUGAUAUUUUGGAAUGGGGGAUCGAACUCGCAGCGUGGGUCUAGGCAGCUGCUUCGGGAGCAUAUCGAGCGGUCUAGGGCUUCCACACCAGACCCGUUAUCGAAUAUCACCAGGAUCACCGAAGACGAGCCUCGAAAGGAGAGCAAAACAGAAUCUCCACAAGAUUUUGCUUCUCGAGCGCUUCUGAGGGCUUCAUGUGCAGGAUCAUCGUGUCCGCCGACAUAUUCGGGAUAUAUCUGGCUCUACAUCUCCAACAGCACUGCUGCUGGCUCUGUAAAAGGUGACGAUCAGGAGGACAUAAGUGUGUCUGGAUGCAGCAAACCCAAGUCGAUGUCGUCGUCGGCAACGAUGACUUUUUCCUCGGGAAAGAAAGCGGCAAAUAUUCCGAUCAAGAAAGCGUCAGGGCGCUAUGUGAAAUGUUUUAUGACAAUUAAUGAACGGGGACAGCUCCACUGGGUAGAGGUUAGGGAGGAACUGCAGCGACAGCAGGGUAUUGAGACGCAGGAUGAAGAUGAGGAUCAAGUUGUAAACCCUUGCUAUGGUCUCCAGCUGAAGCCGUCAGGAACAGUAUUGCAUGCAGGAAAAUACGCUUCAGCAGGAGUUGAUGAGGGAGUGAAAUGUUCAGGAAAAAGCCAGGAAAUAGCAGAGAGGCCAGCUCUUAUGGAGAGGGAGAAAGCGCCGGUGGUGCAAGUGUCCAUGGCCCACAAGUUGCGUCUUCAUUUCUUCUGUAUCAAAAUCUCGCUGUCUUCGCUGGCUGAGGUCAUGAUCGAGUUGAUGACCGAGACAACCGAGUCCAGCUCUUCGAUAUUGUCGUCUUCGUCUUCGGGUGUCACUGUUCCGGACAGACCGUCUUCUACUCUUCCUUCGCUGACCAAGAAAUCGCCCUUGCGGAUGCUUAACCGGUUCUCAGCUCCGUUGACGCGCAAGACUUCGACGUCGUCUUCGAAUUCCCCGCUGGCGCCAAUGCGGAGUGUGUCAUUGACGAAAUCGAGGACGAGGACGAUGACGAUGACUGAAAGUCAGGGGUCAUUGAAGAAAAACAACGAGGCGAUGUGGCCGUCGAUGCAUCCCCUAUGCCAUGAGCGACAGCAGCUGCAGCAACAGCUGCAGUUUCAUCCAGGGGUAUUGUUGGCGCAAAAGGAAUGGAAUGGAGCUUCGAAGACGCAGUCGGUGCCACCGUCGGCUAAGAAGUCAGCAAUAGCAAUGGGAACGAGAGGACAUGAAGUGACCGAUGUAGGUGGCGAAGAGUCAUCAGAGAAGGUUGUGCGGAGUGUUUUGAAAAAGACGCAGAGCCUUUUUGUGGAGAACAGAAGCAGGACGCAUUCUGCACCGCCUGGGACAAUGUUUUCGCCAAUGUCGGAUGCUACAAGUAUGGCGGCUGUAGGAGAUAUUGGUAGCGAAGGGAAGGCGAGGGAUGUGGAUAGAGUAGUGGGGAGGAUGAGGAGGAGGAUGAUGGGGACAUUGUACUUGCCAGAGGAGGAGGAGGAUAAGAAGGAGGAUGAUGAUAACACCAAAGAGACGGAGAAGGAAAGAGAGACGGUCGAAGCCGCAUCGAAUGUGGUGGUAUUGGCCAAUGAUCUGCAGAAGGCCAUGAAGAGACGUACUAUGAAUGCGCCUGUGGAUUUGUCGCUGUGGAAGGAGGAGGAUCCAGAGGACUUGGAGCGAGGAGAUGAUAGGAAGCAGAGGAAUAAGAUGUCAUUGCAGGAGAUUACGGCCAAGAAGCGAGCGUCUUCGCAGCAACUGAGGGAUCUGGCGAAUGUGGCAGCGGCGCGGUCGAAGCUCGUUGGGGAGUUGGGUACCCUGGAAGAAGGACAACAGCAGGGAGUUCCUGAGCAGAACAGAGUCUCACCCGGAAGCGAGAACACAGCAGGAUGCAAAGUAGAGGUUCAGGGUCAGAGUCGAGUUACGGAGGUUGCGGCGACGUUGAAGGUGCUAAUGGGAUGUCCAUUCUUGGAGCAGAGUGAAGAAAAGGAUGCGGAGGGGCGGGAGUAUGUCAGUUUGAAGGGAUACACGGAAACAGAGGAUGAGUGGAAAAUGCUCCAGAGUGCAUUGGAGCUGUUCCUUGAGGGCCCGAUUAAGGACCAGAAAUCAGCAUUUCCACCAAAGGACACAUUGAUUCCUUCGUACCACGCGCCGCGAUUACCAGAGGUGCGAUUAUCAGAAAAGGCGCAGAAUUUUCUUAAGGCGCGGGAUUGUGCAGCAGAAGUAGCGGUGGCGACGGCGGAUACAGCGCAUAUGAGUCCCCAGAUAAAUAACUCGGGGUUGAACCGGACGAAUACGACCACGGGUUUGAGGCGAACCAAUACGAGCACGGGUACGCGUACGAGUAUGAGCGUCGGGAGCCGUGGACAAACCGGGGGACAGGGUGCGAGUGUGAUGAGUAGGCACAGGAGCUUGACGAGCUCAGGGUCCGUGAGCUUAAGUUGGCAUUCCGCGCCGAUUGCGGCACGACCGUGGAUGGCUGUUUGAUAUUAUCACCAGUAAUAAAGAUGCUCUGAGAGCAAUCUAGAAAGCAAUGUGGAGAAAAGUGCGAUACCGGCAAACAUGCCUUGAACAAUAGUAUGGCA